AUGGCGCGACCAGAGCCUAUGAAUGCAACUGCGACACACAGCAAGGUCAAGGUAUCCCUAUAUUUUCCAGAUCCGUUGUUUAUAGCCGGUGAACAUGUAGCGGGCAAAAUGGAACUUGAAUGCAAGGCAGAAAGGGGUUUGGGUAUUAGUGAUAUCCGGGUUGAGCUCUUUGCAAUUCAAGAGCUCACAUCGCGCGAUCAUUCCGCGACAAACACGUUCAUGCAUUUAACGCGUUAUUUCCAAGGACCGGGCUUACCCCCAUCGAAUGCCGUGCAUCCGCAUCCAUUGCCUGGUAAUGAUGACAUGCUCCCUGUGGAUUAUUAUCUGGCGAGAAAAGGGACAACAACGUUCUUCUUUCGGUUUCCUCUUCCGGUCUCCUCUCCUGCUAGUAUUGACUUCGGGAAAGGACUUGCGAAGCUCAAGUACGAGGUGCGAGGUAGCGCUAGCGUAUCAUGGAGAGGUGAACGGCAAAGAGUACUCGAAAGGAAGGAGAUUUCAGUAAUUGAAGCUCCUGGAGAUGCUUCGGAUGUCGAGGGAGUUGUUGUCGGAGAAAAUGGCAAGAUUUGGGCCCAGGGGCGUAUUCUCAAUCCGUACAUUGUUGGUGGACGAGACGCGUGCAUCGAACUGUUUGUUAAAAACCAUUCUAGUAAACGAACAGCCAGUCUCUCCUUGACUUUAUCGCGUCAUCUUCAUCUUCCGACUACAUCUCACCUCCAAAAGUCACUUCAAAUAUCGGACGUCCUUGCCAACGUCCCAUUUAGAGGUCCGGACUAUAUUGUGCAGCCGGGUACAGAAGGUAUCGCGAACCUCGUGUUUUCGGUGCCCAAGAAUGCCCAGGGAAUGCGCGCCGGUCGACUUGAAACGGGCGAGGAAGAGGAUGGUCGCGAGCCGGUAGAGAGUCUAUUUGAUGUCCGUUGCAUUAUAGAAAUCAAGAUCGGAAUGGGUUUUGGCAGCAAGGACAUCAUUUUUGAAUUGCCCGUUUCCAUCGUUCAUCCCGCUGCUAUGCAACUCUUGCCGCCAUCUCCAGAGUUAUUCGCGCCCCCGCCAGAGCUACCACAAAGGUUGUACUCGCCUCCAGUGCAUUCUGUGUAUCAAUCCCCGCCACUGGGACCGACGUACGAUCUUUAUCCCACAGCAUAUAUGAGCCCGCCCAUGUCACCGCCUAUUCUCACUCCGAAUGUGCCAGUUUGGUCGCCUCCACCACAAGCUGUCCCGCCAGUAAUGAUGAUGCACGACCAGCACUAUUACUACCCGCCACCGCCUCUGAUGGAAUACGCUUACCCGGCCCGUCCAUCAAGCGCGGAUCCAUUCGUUGCGGGACAAUUGCCUGCUCUGCCAACACAACCGACGAACCUCGCUGCGCUGCCUCCGACACAGAACGGUGUCAUCUCCACCGGCAUCUCCCCAAACCCGGAUUCACGUGAAGCUCGUCCCGAACAAGGUGAACCUGGAAAAGGAGAACGAGCGUCACGUAUUGCUGCUCAUCUACGCAUGUCCUCGCGUAAUCGGUCAGUAUCACCUCCCGCCCAUAGGUUCCCUCAAACAUCACUCGCUCCGGUACCUGAUAAUGCUCCGGGAACAUUGCAAGUAACUCAGUCACCGGUGGACACAGUUAGGAAGGCAAGUCCCACAGAAGAACAGCAAGUUCUCUCUCCUAGACCAGUACUUACUCCGAAGCAAUCCUUCUCGUUUGACCGAGGAACUGUCAAGAGUGAACAUGUCAUUGAUUUAGAACGCAUGGCUGCAGAGGAGUUGGAAUCUCAAAAUAAGAAUAAUGAGAGGAAUAAGUCGCUUCCCAGGCCUCCUGCACUGGAUGCGCCUACCACGCCGAAGCUUCCACCGGAACCUACUCUACAGCCAGUUCCUACACGUCCGCGUCCAGAGAUCUGGGCCAGAGAGAGUGGCCUAGCUGCCCUUGAGGCUAAACUGCUCGAGCAAGUUGGAACUCGCAAGCCUGACACCGACCGUCGAAUAGACGUUCGAAGUGUUUUACCUGGUCCGAUUACAAUACCGUCGCCGAAUGAUCCACGUUGUGAUCCGCUCAAUGACUCAGCUAUAUCAAGCCUUGCGCUUGGAGCAGACAUGUCAUUGGAUAGACUGCCAUCACCCGCGUUACAUGUCGAUGAUGAGGUUCUCACUUCAACUCCCGCUAAACCAGCUGUCAGCGCCGAGAAGGAUAGGUCUCCAGACAGACGUACCGUCAAUGGAAAGGAGAAAGGGAAACGCAGUAGCAAUACAGCUCAACUUCGGAAAGCUGCAACUGGUCGUGUAGCAGCUUGGUUAGGUGGACUUCAGUCUGCCUCACCUCCUGAAGCCGACACUGCACCAAUUAGCAGUCCAAUUUCUCCUACUGACGACCUUCCUUCUAAAGCGGAUAUAGAUCCGCACCCUUUACUUCGCUCUCCAGCGGUGCCUGCACUAGAAACGUCAGACGUUCCGAAGGCAGAUGGAAUUCCGACUCGAUCCUCUGGAUUCAUUCUACAUAAUGCGAAGGACACAUCCUCCACGUUCGAGGUUCCAAAAACCAAAUCCUCCAAAGAGCCCCGUUCUCCGACAUCUCCUCCAAAGGAACCUGCUCCCACAUUACACUCGCCCUUAGCAAACAGUUUAUCACCACCGAAACCCGUGCUGCGUCGAAUAGCAGAGUUCCCAAACAAGCGUCAACUGUUGGAGCACAAAUACGAUAUCCGUUCUGCUCGUGGUGGCCGUGGUGGUAAGGUUACAUCAGUAGCAACGCUAUGGUCGUCCUUAGCAUCGCAGCAAGAACCAACUUCAUCUGCAGCCCGACCGACUGAGAAGGCUGGUACUUUCAGUCCAACUUUCAAAGGUUCCCAGCCAAAGAUGUCGCCGUCUGACAAACACAAGGCAGCGUCGAAGACACCUCCCCAUGCCAAGAAGCAACACGACGACGUAAAUACGAAUGUUGGUGAUUUAACCGCUCGCCGAGCGAGAAUGGUGAAAUCCACAUCCGUUCCGGCUGUGGUGUCGUCUUCCCUUGCAACACCUGUAUUAUCAUCCACUGCAUCACUGGCUCGUCCUAUACAAGCACCAUACCCCAAACGAUCAUACCCACCAACAAAUGCCAUUCCCACCAUUGCGGAACAACCUGCAUCAGAAUCAGCAACACCAAGAGCGCAAUCUGUAAAAGCACCCGCUGCGAGCGACCUAGCUUUCGGCCAGGCGCGAUUGAAAGAUCUAAUCAGAAAAUAUCAACAAGGAUUCGGACAAUAG